AAUUGGGUUUGUAGGUGUCAGUAUAUUGGAUCACACUUUUAUUAUUCCCUUUGUGUUGAUUGUGUCAGUGAUCACAUGGAUAAUAUAUAGUAGAGCUUCAUGUUCUACUGAUCAUCUCUCUCAUGUAUCAAGGAAACCAGAUUAUCACAUUUUGGCUGUUUUCAUAUACACCUUGCUGCUUAUGGUGCUUUAUGUGGUAAUAAUGGCACUCAAUUCAUUUUUAUCUUCUUCUUUGUCUUUUUCUUUAUUGUUUCUUCCUUAUUUGUUGACAAGCGUGAGACUGAUUUCAGAUCCUCUCCUGUGUGUUCUGGUCUGCAGGCAGAAUCUUAGUAUUCAAACAUCGCAAACGUCUGAAGGAACUGCUUUAGUUUGAGGAGGUCUGGUUAAAUGGGCUAUUUGGUGAUAUUCUAUGAUAUUUUGACUAUUAGGUUCAGUGUAUUAAAGGAUUAGUUAACCCCAAAAUGGGGUUUCUGUCAUUGAAGAAAUUGCAGUCUCAAGAAGAUGAGAGAAGAAUCUUGGAGCAGUAUGGAGACAGAGGUUUGUGAGGUUCAGAAUAAGUCAAGUGUGUGUGUGUUUGUGUGUGCAUUCGCAUGUAUGUAUGAAUAUAUAAACAUGUGUGUGUGUGUUUAUUGAAUGCAAUUUAGCGUUAGGUGAAUUCUAACACAAAGAUUAAACGAUUGUAUGAUUGAACUAUUUGAACUUUAUUCAAAUAUAGCACUGUUAAUUUUAUGUAGCAUGAUUUCAUGAUUUCAAGAUUUCAAGUAUUCCUGCACUUCUAUACACGUCUAAUAUAUUUUAUCUUUGCUGUUUGAUCCGAUAUUUUCCCUCCAGCAACCACCUAGUGACUACUUAUUCUGUGUUGGCACAAGCUGAUCUGUAUUGUUAUCAUAUGACAAUUGUCUUUUAUGUACUCUUCAGGUCAGUGUAUAUAGCAGUUUAUAGAAUGCAGUUUGGAAUGCUAACUAGCAAGUAUUUGUUAGAAAUAUUCACAAAUGUGUGUUGUGGCUCCCCCGAAAAUAUUUAUCAUUGCAUAUGACUUUGUCUCUGCCAUUGAGGAUGCAGAGAGGGACAUCUCAAGUACUUUUAUGGAUAUUUACGUGAUCCAAAGAGAUGGGGAUGGGGAGCCAGAGAACGUGGGAAUUGUGAGACCUGAACAAUGCAGGCGUUCACCAUGCUGUUUGGGCUCAUUUAUGCCCUUGAUCUGAGCUUUCCAAAAAAACCUCAAGUGUACCUUUGGGUUUUUCCAGAAGAAUUUGGAUGGACACGAGCUAAAUACAAAGAUACAGCAGUUGAAAAUCAAGUUGUUCACGUAACAGGCGCACAUCAGGUGAAAAAAACAUUGAGAAAUCUCCUCCUCUUACUGCAGUCAUUAAAGAACAUUGCUAGAUAACACGUCUUUAAAAAUGCAUUUCAAAAGGAAUGCAAUUCUAAAUACUCUUGGCAUUCUGACAUUGGCUAGAACUUUUAUUUUGGCGCGGCGAUGUGAUGUCAUAAGGAUGCGCCGCGGCCCUGCUUCUGUGAUUCAGCUGAAGAAGAUGGCGUUUAUUAAAGAGGAGAGUGAAGACUGGAGGAUUGAAGACGUGAAGAUUCAAGAGGUUUUCAGAGUGAAACAAGAAGAUACUGAGAAACAAACAGAUGGCGUUUAUUAAAGAGGAGAGUGACGACUGGAAGAUUGAAGAUGUGAAGAUUGAAGACGUAUUCAGAGUGAAACAAGAAGAUACUGAGAAACAAAGAGACCGGAUUGAGGAGAGUCAAGAACUGAAAGAUACGGAAGGGAAAGAGCAGAAUGAGAAAUACUGUGUUUUAAAAAUUGGAAAAAAUCCCACACAGACUAAAAAGUGCUUGUCUCAAAAAAGUGUCCAGGAGAUUGAAUCUGAGAGCCUUUUUACCUGCCAUCACUGUGGAAAGAGUUUCAGUCGUAAAGGAAACCUUAAGGUCCACAUGAGAGUUCACAAUGGAAAGCAACCUUAUACCUGCCAACAGUGUGGAAAGAGUUUCGCCCAAAAAGGAAGCCUUGGAGUCCACAUGAGAAUUCACAAUAGAGACGUCGCUUUGUCCUGCAAACAGUGUGAGAAGUGUUUCACUACCAAUGAAAAACUGAAAACUCACAUGAGAGUUCACACUGGAGAGAAGCCUUUCUCCUGCCAACAGUGUGGAAAGAGUUUCGCUCUCAAAGAGAACCUUAAAAUUCACACGAGAGUUCACACUGGAGAGAAACCCUACACCUGCCAACAGUGUGGAAAGAGUUUUGCUCAAAAAGGAAGCCUUCGAGUUCACAUGAGAAGUCACACUGGAGAAAAACCUUACACUUGCUCUCAGUGUGGACAGAGUUUUACACAUAAAAGCAACCUUACUUCCCACAUGAGAAUUCACAGUGGAGAGAGGUCUUUCACCUGCCAACAGUGUGGAAAGACUUUCCCUCAAAAGCAAAACCUUGAAGUCCACAUGAGGAUUCACUCUGGAGAGAAGCCUUACACCUGCGCUCAGUGCAGAAAGAGCUUUACUCAUAAAAACACCUUUAAAUACCACAUGAAAAUACACACUGGAGAGAGGCUGUUCGCAUGUGAUUGGUGUGGAAAGAGCUUUAUAACAGAACUGAGCCGGAGAUACCACAUGACCAUUCACACCGGAGAGAAACAGUUCAUGUGCUGUCAGUGUGGGAAAAGUUUUGCACAUAAAGUAGGUCUAAAUUACCACAUGAGGACUCACUCGGGAGAGAACUGUUUCAUGUGUCAACAAUGUGGAAAACGUUUUAGUCAUAAAUGUAACCUAAAAACUCACAUGAGACUUCACCCUGAAGAGAAUUCCUUCACCUGCAAAUCUGAGUGAACGUUGACGCUGGUCCUGACUGAGAGUCAAAUCUAAAAGUAGUUUUACUACGCUUAGGGCA